ACAUUAACUCCGUCGCAGUUGGAAACCUUAAAAUAAAAAUUUGCAUUCCACCCUGCUUAUUUCGAUACCAAAUAUGGCCCUCACAUUACGAAAAACAUCUCAUUUUAAGUCUGCCCCAAGCUUGGCCUACACCACAAAUGAUGUUCAGGAUCAUCCUUACGUUUCAAAAUUAUUCACCACAAUCAGUUCUGCCCCACCCAAUAAGACCGAGGAGAUCCCAACCUCCUCCGAAGAUGAGGAUGAAGAGGAGAACGACGUCCAAUCUGUUGAUUUAGAUCUAGAUGCAGACCAGCUUGAUAACCUCUUGAGUACCCGAACACUCAAGGACAAGCCAUGUUUCGAGUUGUCAGACGUGUUGGUGAUUUCCUUCAAAGUGCAAAACUGGGACGAGGACACGACUGCAAAAUUAAGGAAAUGUGCCGAGAAGUUGAGAAACUAUAGGUCACACCUCGUGAACUUGGAUUCCUUGGGUGUUGCCGCGGUAGAUAGAUACAUGCCUGGCAAUGCGGACAAUAUUUUUGAAGAGUUUAACGAAUCUUUAUCAACAUCUCUACCUGAAUCCCUUCCAAAGGAAAAGAUUUUAAUAUUGUACCAAAAACACAACAAAAAUCCAUGACUGCAUGGGCACCUUAAUAAAAACGUUUUUCCAAUAAAACUCAUUUUUACGAUGGGGUGUUUUUUUUAA